AUGCCUCCAAUCAAGAUGCUCAAAGAGCUGAAAAGCCGUCUUUCGCUGUUCAGAUCACGGAAAACGUCGCCUUCACAAGAACCAGCAGCUCAGACUGCCUCCCCUUUCUUCCGACUACCAUGCGAGAUCCGCUUGCAAAUAUACCGUCUCUUGCUCGUAAUAGAUCCAUUCCGCUGCCAAUUUGGCGACUGGGAUAUUCACUUGGAUGGCCACCUAUUCCUGACUGUUGCAAUCCUCCGGGUUUGUAAAAGGGUCUAUAACGAAGCGUGUCCUAUUCUUUAUCAGGACAAUCUAUUGGUUAGUGUGCUCUGCAAAGGGCCUAUGGAGCUACCAACCAUGGCUCGACUAUGCAUCAAGCCACCCGGAGAGAUCCAAGCAGAGUUCGCCCCGCCGUUAACAAUGCACGUCACCAAACGUGCUAUGAGCCCUAAAAUGCUCGCAAAAGCGCAGCACUUCUUGCUCGAUAUCUACCGAUUUCGCGUUCUCUGUAUGUAUGGAUAUGAGGGAGUUUUAUGGGAGGGUACGAAGAUGUACCUGGAGUUUACGAGUGCGUUCACGCAAGCUACCACACACCUCGACACGAUCCGUAGAACCCUCUUGGUUUGCCGCGGAGCAUCAGAGUGCUUCUUCUUAUCAGCAAGCCCACAAAUGGACACCUUGGCGAUCAGCCACAUCAAAGCGAACAUGAACGAUCCUAUGGAUUCGAUUCUCAAGAUCAAUGAAAUGGCAGAUAGGAUUGAGCAGCAAGGCAGAGACCAGCUCAAAGCUGAGCACCGUUAUCGAGAAUUGGCAUACAGAUACGUCGAUUUGUACGAUUUAAUGGGGUGUAAACUGUACGAUUUUGUCGUCUGCUUUGCACCAAGGACCCCACGCACACCAGAGUACCUUGCCACAGUCGCGAGAAUGUUUCAAUAUCUUAGCCGGGGCGCCCAAUGGUUUCUCAGAGUUGGAGAUGCUGAUAGUGUCCUCGCAGCCAUACGUAAACUGCAAGGCGCUCCAAGACACAUUUUGAUCAAGCAGGACACAACCAAUGAAAUACACGCGGCUCUGGGAAGUCUGCCCUCGUUGACUCCAUUCCCAAAUCGACUCGCGGCGACGAUAUGCUAUAGCUUUGGAGAAGCUUUGAUACUCAAGGGAGACGACACUACAGCAACCUAUUUCUUUCUGGAAGCUCUGAGGAGGUGUCCACGGCACAGCAAAGCCAACAAAGCUGUCGAAAGACAAGAAGCACGUGUUCGAAAUGAUUCCCAUCCAAUUGCUCUGCGGGCGGUGAAGAAUAUUCAGCUCAUAGCACCUCUCCGCCAUAAGCAAGUAACCUUAAACCCCCGCGACGCUGCUGAUAAUCAUUUGCUCUUACGAAACCAAUUCGAAAUGGCUCCUGGGGACGCAAAGUACAAGAAUUUCUUUCAAGGGUCUAUCCUGGAGUCACGCCCUCUGGCCGAUACUGAUUGA